AUGAAACCAUAUCUGCUUCUCUCUACUCUAUUCUUCUUCUUGGGCCUCUUACCCCUAGUUAGAAGUGGUUUAGGUGCGGCCGAGAUGCACUGUGUCAGUCUGCAGGGCACUUGCAGAAGAAACAUUUGCAAACUGACAGAAGAUGAAAUCGGUGCUUGCCGGAGAAGAUGGAAAUGUUGCAGGUUCUGGUGGAUUCUCAUACCUAUUCCAACUCCAGUUAUCUUCUCAGACUAUCAAGAACCCCUCAAGUCUAAGAUUAAGUAA